UCUUUCAAUGAAAAUACUGAAACUACAUCUGAAAAUGAAGAGUAUAUAUCAGAUAUAAAUGAUAAUUCAUUACAAGAUUUCAACUCUAUUCCAGAUGUCUAUAGACCUUUAUCAAAAGCAAGUGGAUCAACAGGAAAUAUAUGGGACCAUCUUUCUAGCAUAUAUGGAAUUACUAAAGAAAAUAGUUUAAAAUUAAAAGAU